ACGGCCAGGAUCUCCCCCCCAUCGUUUUCGGCCUUCAAAACUCUCUCCGCAUAUUCCCCGUAGUCCUAAGUGAUAGGGAGGAGAGAGAAACAAUAAACAGCAGACUGCAGAGGUGAUAAAACUGAGAAGUGAGAAGUUGGUGGAGUGGGAGACACCAGAAACACAGGAACACAAAAAUACACUACAGUAGUUAGUUAGUGACUAGUUAUACAACUUUUCAGCUUUCUCACCCAUACGGAAUUCUCAGCCUCCAUUUCUUCUUCAAAGCUCGUUCUGGUAUUGGUGAUUUUUGCUGGGAUUGUGUUUGUCCAUGGGCGCUUUAGAUGAGGGCCAUUACAAUGUGGAGCUUGAAAAUACAUUGAAACUGUGUUGUAAUGAAUUGGGUCGGGAGGAAGAACCAGAAAUUGAGGGUGCUGUGAGGAUUUUGUUGCAAGGCUUGGGUGAAGAUAUCAAUAGAGAAGGCAUCAAAAAGACUCCGCUUCGAGUUGCUAAGGCUCUUCGACAUGGAACUAGAGGCUACAGACUUAAUGUGAAGGACAUUGUGCAAGGUGCUCUAUUUCCUGAAGCAGGUCUUGAUAAUUGUAAAGUUGGCCAUGCUGGAGGAGCAGGGGGUCUUGUUAUUGUUCGUGAUCUUGACCUCUUUUCAUAUUGCGAGUCCUGCCUGCUACCUUUCCAGGUGAAAUGUCAUGUAGGUUAUGUUCCAUCUGGGCAGCGAGUUGUUGGCCUUAGCAAACUUUCUCGUGUCGCUGAUGUCUUUGCCAAGCGCCUUCAGGAUCCACAACGACUGGCAGAUGAAAUAUGUUCCGCUUUGCAACAUGUAAUCAAGCCUGCUGGUGUUGGUGUUACUCUUCAUUGUCGUCACAUACAUUUCCCUACUUUAGAGUCUAUGUUCCUUGAUUCAGCCCCUGAAGGGUGGACAAAGUUGCUGGUGUCCUCUGGAUCUGGAGUUUUUGAAGAUGAAGAUGCUAUCAUUUGGAGUGAGUUUCUUAGUCUAUUGAAACUUAGAGACUUUAUAGCUGAUAAAAGUCGAGAGAAGAACUCUAUUAAUUAUUGGUGCCAAUCCCGGGCUUCUCCAAUGAGUAAAAUAUCAUCCACUCCAGGUACUGUAAAUCAUGGUAUGGUGAGUGCAGUCACUUCAAUUCUCAAAUCCUUGGGUGAAGAUCCACUAAGGAAAGAGCUUAUUGAUACUCCUGCACGAUUUGUGAAGUGGCUUAUGAACUUUCAGAUCUGUAAUUUGGACAUGAAGCUAAAGGCAUGGGCUGCUAAUGACUCGGUUGCUCUCAGAUCUAAUGGUGAUGUUAAAUUGAACACAGAGAUCCACAGUGAGGUUAACUUGCCCCUUUGGUCGCAAUGUGAACAUCACUUGCUUCCUUUUUAUGGAGUUGUGCAUAUAGGUUACUUUUGUGCUAAAGGAGUGAUUCCCCUUCGGAAGGCCCUUGUUCAGUCAAUUGUCCAUUUUUAUGGUUUCAAGCUCCAGGUACAGGAGAGACUCACUAGACAAAUUGCUGAAACAGUUGCACCUCUUGUUGGUGGAGACAUAAUAGUGGUAGCAGAGGCUAGCCAUACAUGCAUGGUCUCCCGGGGUAUCGAGAAGUUUGGGAGCAGCACAGCUACAGUUGCUGUACUUGGUCGGUUUUCAUCUGAUCCAAAAGCUAGGGCAUUGUUUUUGGAAAGCCUUCCUAGCACUAACAAUUUCUAAUGUCGAUGUUUUGAGCUUGGGAAGACAAGCCAGACUUCACCGCCAUAUGAUUUGAGAUUUUGCUGGUAUAAUUGACUCAUUUAUGCAUAUGUUUUUUCUAUUGUAUCAGUGUGCCCUUCAUAAGAGGUUUUCUCUCGGGUAAUAUGCUUGCUGUGCUUAUAAGUCAGUCAUUCAAUUUUCUUAUAGAGGAGUGGGAGCUUUUUUUUUUUUUUUCCACAAGUAGUUUCUACACUGUUAAACAGACUACAGAUCUUGAGUUCAAUGAGAUUUAUUUGCUUGCUCAACUUACUGAUAUAAACAGCCACUUUGGUAUA